AUGUCUAGAUCUGGUGUUGCUGUUGCAGAUGAAUCUUUAGCCGCUUUCAAUGAUUUGAAAUUAGGUAAGAAGUACAAGUUUGUCUUAUUUGGUUUAAACGAAAACAAAACUGAAAUCGUAGUCAAGGAAACCUCUACUGACGCUUCAUACGAUGCAUUCUUAGAAAAAUUGCCAGAAAAUGACUGUUUAUACGCUGUUUACGAUUUUGAAUAUGAAAUCAGUGGCAAUGAAGGUAAAAGAUCCAAGAUUAUUUUCUUCACCUGGUCUCCAGACACUGCUCCAGUAAGAUCCAAGAUGGUUUAUGCUUCUUCAAAGGAUGCUUUAAGAAGAGCUUUGAACGGUGUCUCCACUGAUGUCCAAGGUACUGAUUUCUCUGAAGUUGCUUACGAAGCCGUUUUAGAAAGAGUCAGCAGAAGUGCUGGUUCCCAUUAG